AUGCCACGUCAUCGAUCUCGUUCUCCUCCACCCACACAACCCCCGCUUCCUCCUCAAGACACCGCCAACGAUACGGUCAACUCGGACGCGGCCGACAUUGCACACAUUGACAGCGUUCUUCAGUCUCCCGUCGCAGCCGUACUAAAUGGCAGUGCCUCCGACGAAUACACCAGCGACGACGACGCACAAACCACACCCGCCUCCUCCUCGUCCGUGGCGGAGGCACUUCAGCUGCCUCCACUACCGGCGCCCCAGCUGACCGCCAGUCUCUUCAACUCGCUUCGCUCGACGAUGACUGCCCUCCUGCACGAGGUCGUCAUGGCCACACGCGGCUGGUCGGUCAGUCAGCUGACUGCACUUCACUGCGACAUCUUCCACGUCACUCAGCGAGCCAAACAAGCCCUCGGCCCGCAAUUUGAUACACAGGCUCUCAAAACCAACUUGUGCUCUAUCCUACAAAACCACCAACAAAUGGUCAUCUAUGAUCGGUUUGACGAUACAAAUGACGCCCCCACCCUCAACCCCUACUCCCCUACUACAUACCACUAG